AUGAUCACUCCUCUCGCGGCAGUUGCUGCCAUGCUCGCGAUUUCGGCUGUCGACGCCCAUAUGAUCAUGAGCCGGCCUUAUCCGUAUGGUCAGUCGACGCUUAACAAUUCGCCUCUCGAUGCCGAUGGCAGCGAUUUCCCAUGCAAGCUGCGUGGCUCCACCACGUAUGAGGCGCCUUCCGAGUCUAAUGACUUCGAGAUUGGCGUUUCCCAGCUGCUGUCCUUCAUUGGCUCUGCCACUCAUGGCGGCGGCUCUUGCCAGAUCAGUCUAACUACGGAUAUGGAGCCCAGCAAGAGUUCCUCCUGGUCCGUCAUCAAGUCUUUCGAGGGUGGCUGCCCGGCAAAUGUCGACGGAAACCUCUCCGGCGGCGCUGAAACCCCAGAUCCUUACACUUUUAACUUCACCAUCCCGGCCGGCAUCUCUCCGGGCAAUUACACUCUCGCCUGGACUUGGUUCAACCGCAUCGGGAACCGCGAAAUGUAUAUGAACUGCGCCCCCAUCACCGUCUACUCGGGCUCUUCUUCCUCUGCAUCGCCCUCCAAGCGCGCCGUGUCGAACACAGCCAAGAAAGCCGACACGGUCGAGAAACGAACCACCUACCCCACCAUGUUUGUGGCCAACAUCAACGGCUGUACCACAACGGAGGGCUACGACAUCCGUUUCCCAGACCCUGGCGAUGUGGUCGAGUUCGACGGCGAGCCUUCUAACUUGCAGGCCUCGGGUGCCGCAGCUUGCACCGGCGUGUCUACUCCCUGGGGUGGAUCCUCUGCCACUGCCGCGAGCGGCGCCUCGUCGUCCACUGCCGCCGCCGUCGCGCCUGCAGCAGUCACCAGCGCCGUUGGUGGCGGAGGUACUGAAAUCGCAGUGACCUCUUCUGUGGCUACUGCUGCUUCAGAGCCGACCUCUACCUCGGCAGCCUGGGAGGAACCUUCUUCUGUUCCCUCGCAGACUGCUGCCGUCAUAACCUCGGCAUCAACCCCAACCAGCUCUUCAUCCGCCAGCUCCAGCUCCAGCUCCAGUACUUCCUCCGGUGUUCUGACGGGAUCGUGCAGUACCGAAGGCGAAUGGAACUGCAUCGAGGGGACUUCGUUCCAGCGCUGUGCUUCUGGCGAGUGGUCUGCAGUUGAGGAGAUGGCGGCCGGAACAGAAUGCACCACCGGCCAGUCUGAUGAGCUGAGCGUCUCAGCCGUCGCUGUCGCAUCGGCAGCGGUGAAGGCGCGCUCAACUCCUCGGUUCUUGCACCGCCGACGCGAGUCUCACGGCCACCGAAGUUAG